UCCACCGACUACGACGUAUCACGACUCUCUUCACACUGUCGAAAUGUCAACCGCCGAGCUCGCAACCUCCUACGCGGCCCUCAUCCUCGCGGAUGACGGUGUCGAUAUCACCGCCGACAAGCUCCAAUCUCUCAUCAAGGCCGCAAAGGUCGAAGAAGUCGAGCCAAUAUGGACAACCCUGUUCGCGAAGGCGCUUGAGGGCAAGGACGUCAAGGACCUUCUGCUGAACGUUGGCUCUGGUGGCGGAGCUGCCGCGGCUGCCACAUCAGGCGGCGCUGCUGCUGCCGGUGGUGCUGCCGAGGACGCGCCAGCGGCUGAGGAGAAGGAAGAGGAGAAGGAGGAGUCAGACGAGGACAUGGGUUUCGGCCUUUUCGACUAAGCUUCUUCAUCCCCAAAACGAGUCUGCAUUUUGCCUUGGUCGGCGUCUCCUCAUUGCGGCGGGUUGGCUGUCUAUCCCAAUACAUCUUCCAUUCCCUCGGCAAAGUCGCAGCCACUUUUUCUCCCUGUGACCUGGCUUGCUUUUUACAGUCAACGUUAUCCACGGAUCCGGACAGAUGAAUUGAGGGGUGGGCCUGGGAAUAGCUAUGGGUCCUGAAAUGAAAGAGUCGAAAAGUGCAAAUAUGUUCUUAGGAAGUGACAUCUUCGGCCAUCUUAUGCCUUACGCCAUAUCGGAAUCGUCAUUGAAGGAAUAACCGCUGCAGUAGAUAUCUCAGACUCAUAGAACUAUAACAGGGCCACUCCAAAAUCCGGCAUUCCGCGUACAGCACUAUGGAAGGAAUUUAUACAUGCUUACAUGAUUCGUAGGGGGCUUGAUGAAGGAAUAGGCCCACGGCAAUUAUCCAAAACAGGUCUAAGUCGCGU